AUGGCUCUCGACAUCAGGCAGUUCCUCAACAUCGCAGGCAUUGUUAAAGACCUCAAGAGCUUCAAUUUCAGCGUGUAUGGCCAAUGGUUUGGAUACAUCAACAUCAUUCUGUGUAUAGCGCUCGGAAUCGCUAACCUAUUCCACGUCAACGCGGUCAUCGUGUUUGGAAUCCUCAGUAUCGUCCAGGGCCUCAUCAUCCUAUUCAUCGAGGUGCCCUUUCUGCUCAGAAUCUGCCCGCUCAGCGACAACUUUAUUGCGUUCAUCAAGAGAUUCGAGACCAAUGGUAAGAGAACGCUAUUCUACUUGGGGAUGGCAGCCGUGCAAUGGUGCUCAUUGGCUCUGAUGGUCACGAGUCUGAUCGCCGUGGCGAUCGGGCUCACUAUCUCAGCCGCCAGCUACGGCGUAGCCCAUUUCAAACACCAGCAGUUCCAAAACACGAGCAUCAUCAAGAGCCCCGCAGACGACGACUUCCCACACGAGGCCGUCGUACGCGAGAUGUUGUGA